UUUCUGAGCGCAACGCGGCGGAGAUGCGUUUGUUUACAUGGAGUUUGGCGGGGAAUUUCUCUUCAUAUCUGAAUCGAUCUGUUUUCAUUAAAGCAGAGCAAUAAUAAGAGUCUGACCCGCGUUAAUAGAUUAAUAACGGGGGUUAAUUUUAACCAGACGAAAUACGGCAGCGCAGUAUCUUUAGCAUGUUGCUAAAUGAGAUAAAUUAGCUCUGUUAAGCUGUUUUGUGUGAGUUUACUCCUCCUGGGUUUGGUUAUUUCUUGAGUUGAGUUUGUAUCGCUAGAUAAAAAAAUCAUGUUGUGUCCAAAAGUGCAGGAAACACCAGUUAGUUUAAUGUUAAGAGAGUGGAGAGAUGUUUUACCAGCUGGAUCUCUGUCUCUUCUGCUCUCCCAGCUCUGUUAACUUUAGUUAGCUAAAGAAGAUAAAAAAUAACUUCUUCUAGAUGCGCUGUUACUGCUGGAGUUCAUCAUCAGGCAGGUUUCAAAGACAUACAUUGUUGAUCAUUGACUUCACUGCUGUACCAUGGCUGGCCGAGGACGUGGCCGAGGACGAGGUCAGCUGAGUUUCAGCAUCGAGGCGGUGGGAAUAGGAAAAGGAGAAAAUCUUCCACCUUCAACUGUUCAGCCUACACAGCUUUUUCCUCCACUGGAGCAUAAGCCAGUGCCCUUGCAGACGUCAGAAGAGGCAGAGUACAUGCUGGCUUUGAAGCAGGAAUUCAGGGGAGCCAUGAAGACUCUACCUUUCUACAUACGACCUGCUGCACCCAAGAAAGAUGUUGAGCGUUAUUCUGACAAAUAUCAGUCUACUGAACCGUCCGACAAUACCAUCGAAUGGACCCCAGACUGGAAGCGUCUGCCGAAAGAGCUACGUAUCCGGACGAAGAGGCCUCCGAGUGACAAGAACCCAGUCAUUCCCAAAGAGAGCAAAAAACCACGAGUCAACAAAGAGGAAAUCAUCCGCAAACUGGAGACGUUGGAGAAAAAGGAGGAGGAGGUGAGUUCUGAUGAAGAAGAGGGAGAGAAGAAAAAAACAGAGGAAGAAGAGGCAGAGGGUGAGGAGGAGUAUGAUGAGGAAGAGUUUGAGGAGGAGACCGACUACAUCAUGUCAUACUUUGACAAUGGUGAAGAAUUUGGUGCAGACAGUGACGACAAUAUGGAUGAGGCUAUUUACUGAAGCGGCGCUGGAUAUCUGUGUGCAGCUACCAGAGGUUAAGCUGGGGGAGUUUGAGUCCUCCUCACAUCAAGCACAUUUAAAAAAAAAAUGAUUAUUUCAUUUGGCAGCUGAGUGCGUAAUCCAGAUUCCUCUUCACGAAGGGGAAGGACUGUGUACUAUAGGUAUUCACACAGGAUUGUUUUUUAUAAAGGAAAGUAGGGCAUUGCACCUGGGUGUUGUAAUACACCUGAAAAUAUAUUUAGCUCCUUUCACUUCAUUGAUUUUACUUUUUUUUUUAUUCCUG